CGGCCGCUCGCCGCCCCCCCCCUCCCCCCCCGGCCUCGCCCCGCCCGCGCCCGGGCCCUCGCCCCGCGCCGGCCGGCCGGGCGCCCCCCGCGCCGGCGGCCCGCCGCCGCCGCCGCCCCGGGCGCGCCCGCCCCACAGCGCCCCCGGCGUGCCCCGGCCGUCCCCGCCUGCGGCGGCGCGCCCGCGCCGAGGCGCCACCCCCCGCGCCCGGCGGGCUGCCCGCGCGGCGCCGCACCGGCCGCCCGCGCCCCCCCCGCGCUGCCCCCCGCCCCGCCCGGCGGCGCCCCCGGCGCGGGGGCGCGCGCCCCGCCGCUCCGCCCGGCGCGAGCCCGGCCCGCGCCCCGCCCGCCCGGCCCCCCGCGCCGGCCGCCGGCGGGGCGCCCCCCGGCCCGCCGCCGCGCGCCGCGCGGCCCGCCCGCCGCCCGCCCCGCGCCCGGGCCGGGCGGCACCGCCCCCCCCCCCCCCCGCGCGCCGCCGCCGGCCCCCGCCGCCCGCCGCCCGCCCUCCCGCCCUCGCGACUGCCGGCGCCUCCGCGGCGCCGUCCGCCCCGGGCUCCUUACCUCGCUGCCGGCCCCCCGCCCCGCGAGCCCCCCGCCGCCCCCCCGCCCCCCGCGCGCGCCCCGCGCGCCGCUCCCCGCGCCCGCCGGCGCGCCGCCCGGCCGCCGCCGCCGCCCCGCCCCCGCGCGCGGCCCGCGCGCCCCGUCCCCCCCGCCUCCCCGCCCCGCCGGCGCCCCCCGCGCGCGCCGCCUCCGGGGGGCGGCUGCGCGCGGCCGCCGACGCCCCCCCGCGCCGCCCCGCCCCCGGCGCGCCCCCCCCCCCGCGCCCCCCGUGCCGGCCCCACCCGCGAGCCCCCGCCCGCCCCCGGCGGCUCCCGCCCGAGGGGCCCCGCGCCCGUGCCCGCCCCGCGGGCGGCCGGCCGCCCCCCGCCGCUCGCCCGCCGCCGGCGCCGUCUCGUUCCCGCGCUGGCGCGCAGCCCGCGCGCAGGCGGCCGGGGGCGCCGCGCGCGCGCGCGCGCCGCCCCGCCCCGCGCGGCAGCCCCCGGCCGCCGCGUCGCCCGCCCGCCGGCCUCGCCCCCGCCGGCGGGCGCCACCCCCCCGCCGCGCCGCCCCGCCCCCCGCCGCCGCCCGCGCCCGGAGGCGCGCCCCCGCCGCCGCGCCCCCGGCCCCGCCGCGCGUGGCGCGGGGCCGCACCGGCCCCCCCCCCCCCCCGGCGCCGGUGGCCCCGCCGCCCGCCACCGGCGCCCCCCGCGCCCGGCCUCCCGGGGGCGGCGCCGCGCCCCCCGGCCGCCCGCCCCCGCGCCCCCGGCCCGCCCCCCCGGCCCGGCCGCGCGCCCCCCCCCCCCGGCGCCCCCCGGGGACCGGGGGACGGGCGCCCCGCCCGCCCGCGCCCCCGCGCCCCCGCGCCCGGCCCGCGGCGCCGGCCCCCCCGGUCCGCGCCCCGCCGGCGCUCGCCGCCGCCUGAACGCCGGCGCAGCCUCCUUCGCCGCCGCCGGGGGCCGCCGUCGCCGCCCCGCCGGCGCGGCCCGCCGGGACGGCCGGCCCUCCGCCGUGACGCGGCCCGCCGCCGGGACCCCGCCGGCGCCGCCGCCGGCGCCGCCGCCGGGCCGGGCCGCCGGCCCGCCGCCCGGUGACCGCGCGGCUCCGCCCCGGGCGCCGGCGCCCCGCCGGCGCCGCCGCCGGGACCCGGGCCGCCGCCGCGGCGCCGCCCCCGGGCCCGCCGGCCCGCCGCCGGGACCGCCGGCGCCGCCGCCGGCGCCCCGCCGCCGGGACACGCCGGCGCCGCCCGCCGUCGCCGCCCCGGGACGCCGGCGCCUCCGCCGGCGCCGCCGCCGGACGCCGGCGCCAGCCGCCGGGACACGCCGCGCGCCGCCGCCGGCCGCCGCCGCCGGGGCCCGCCGUCGCCGCCGCCGGGACGGCCGGCGCCGCCGCCGGGAGCCGGCGCCGCCUCCGGCUCCGCCGCCGGACGCGGCUCCGCACCGCCGUGACGCCGCGCCGCCGCCGGACGCCGGCCCCGCCGCCGGGACGCCGGCGCCGCCCCUGACGCCGGCGCACCCGCCGGGACGCAGUCGCCGCCGCCGGCGCCGCCGCCGGGACACGCCGGCGCCCGCCGCCUGCCGGACGCCGGCGCGCGCCGCCGCCGGGACCCCCCGGGACGCCGCGCCGCCGCCGGGGCGCCGGCGCCGCCGCCGGGUGGCCGCCGGCGCCGCCGCCGGGUCGCCGGUGCGCCGCACCGCCGGCUCCGCCUCGGGGACCCCGGCCCGCCUCCGGGACGCCGGCGCCCCGCCGGGGCGCCGGCGCCGGCCGCCGGGGCCCGGGCGCCGGCCGCCGCCGCCGGCGCCGCCGCGGGGACGCCGGCGCCGCCGCCGGGACCCCCGCCUGCGCUCCGCCGGCGGCGCCGCCGCCGGGGGGGCGCCGGCGCCGCCGCCAGGCGCCGCCGCGGGACCCGCUGCGGCCGCCGCCGGGACGACGGCGGCGCCGCCGCCGGCUCCGCCGCCGGCGGCGCCGCCGCCGGGACCCGGCGCCGCCGGCGCCGCCGCCGGGCCGCCGGCGGGCCGCCGCCGGGAGCCGGCGCCGCCGCCGGCGCCGCCGCCGGCGCCGCCCCCGGGACCGCCGGCCGCCGCCGCCGGGGCGCCGGCGCCGCCAGCCGGCGCCUCCGCCGCGCCGCCCGGACGCCGGCGCCGCCGCCGGACGCCGGCGCCGCCGCCUGCGCCCGCCCGACCGGGCGCCGCCGCCGGACGACGCCGCCGCCGGGACGCCGGCGCCGCCGCCGGGGCGCCGGCGCCGCCCGCCGGGGACGCGGCGGCGCCGCCGCCGGGGCCGCCGGCGCCCGCCGGGGCCGCCGGCUCCGCCGCCGGGGACGCCUGCGGCCGCCGCCGGGCCGCCGGCGCCCCGCCGGGACGCCGGCGCCCGCCGGCGCCGCCGCCGGGCCGCCGGCGCCGCCGCCGGGACGCCGCGCCGCCCCGUACCCCGGCCGCCGGGGCGCGCGGCGCCGCCGCCGGGCCGCCGGCGCCGCCGCCGGGCCGCCGGCGCCGCCGCCGGGGCGCCGGCGCCCGCCGCCGGGAGACGCCGGCCGGCGCCGCCGGUCCGCCGGGCAGGCGCCGCGCCGGGGUGCCGCCGGCCCGCCGCCGGGCGCCGGCGCCGCCGCCGGGGGGCUCCGGCGCCGCCGCCGGGACGCCGCGCCGCCCGCCGGGCCGCGGCGGGCCCUCCGCCGGGGGGGGGCGCCGGCUGCCGCCGCCGGGACGCCGGCGCCGCCCCGGGACGCCGGCGCCGCCGCCGGUCGCCGGCCCGCCGCCGGCCGCCGCCGGCGCCCGCCGCCGGGGCGCCGGCGCCGCC